CUUAUCAGUUGUGCAGUGAUGUGACAAAAUAUUUGCUCUGAGCUGAGAAAGACCAGCGCCUUGUGUUGCUUGCACUUCUGAAAACCAGACUAAGCUUGUGAGGAUGAAUGACAACUUAACAAGAGAUCUCCACAUGCAAGAGACAAGUUUUGACCAUCAAUCUGAUGACAGACGAAUCAUCUACUUCGCCAAUGGAGAGACUCUAGAGGAGAGUGAGGGUGAGGAAGAGGAUGAUGAAGAUACAAAUAAGAAAGAACCUUUUUCACAAUCAGUGGACACAGCAAACCUGUCUUGGAGAGAAUAUUCUCGGUUCCUAGGAACGAAAAUUGGGAAGAAGUCAUUACAAACCUGUGACUAUCUUGGGGAGAAACUGGCUCGUCUCCUUGGACUAUACUCUGCUAAAUACCAGUAUGCCAUAGAUGAAUUUAAUCGUGAUCAAAAGGAAAAAAACAUCAAGGAGGAAUCUUCAGAUGUCUUCAUGGAGGAUGACACAGAAAACAUUAAUCUCGCCCAGAAAAAGAGCAGAAAAUAUGGAGCCACUGGUACUCCCAAAGUUGCCAGUCACCAGUCUUCCAUUAGUGCACCUAGAGUAACGCAUAUGGCAGUUGGCACAAACAAUAACGGAUACCAGGAUGAUCAAUGAGCUUUUUUAAGAUGCCUAGUAUUUUAAAGGUGAACUAUGCACGUUUUUUAGAUAAAUUUGCCUUAACUAAUCAGCUUCGGAGUCAUUGAAAUGGUUAUUUGACUUAUUUUGGGUUGAAUGACGGCUGUCUCGCUUCCUCCUAGUGCCUCUGAGCGGAAAAACCACGCAUGCAAGUUGGACUGACAAACAGAAAGUCUCCGGCCUCACGGUCAUCCUCAUGAAAAGGCAGACUGACCGAUUGAGGAGUGUUGUAAAAUAUACACGCUAAAGCUGUAGGGGAAACUGCAGAGAAAUCUGCAAGCGUAAAACGAAAAGUCAAAGUGGCGAUGAAAUCGCCAAACCUGCAUAGUUUCCCCUUUAAGUAAGUCAUUACAGUUUGUAAUCUAAAAAAACUUGUCAUGAGUUCUACGUCAGAUUACCAAUGCAUCAGAGAGAAUCAGAAAUAAAACCACUUUGUUUUGCUUCA